AUGUUAUUGACUUUAAUUUUAAGCUUAAUUGUUGGUCUUUCCAGUGCCAUUUUCAUGGAAGAGCACAAGAUCCAACAAUUUGAGUCAGAACAAAUUCAUUCAUGGAAUUUCACAAAUGAAGAACAUUUAUUUUCUUCCAAUUUAUGGAAAUCACUUUUAAAAUCAACUUCAAAUGUAUUAAAUCAAACAAUUAUAUAUUUAAAACAAUCUCAUCAAACUUUAUUUUUAUCAUCUACAAAUCCGUUAACAUUUUAUGAAUUUCAAUCUGGUGGAAUCAUGGAUAGAUUCACAACUAUUGUUCCAGUAACAGGAUGUUUAACAAUGGAAAAUGAUACAUCAUCUAUAACACAUAUUGAAGCUCAUGGAAUUGGAAUUUUUCCACCUCCUGGUAUAUUUUUUGGAAUUAGUUUAUUAUUAGUUAAUAUUGCACAAGAAUUUGGAAUGGAUGGUAUUGGAUUUAGAGUUUUAUUAAGUGAUACAGUUAUAUGUAGAGCAUCAGAAGAUCAAAUAAUUCAAAUUCAAAAACAAUUAAAAUUUAUAUCAUUACCUUUAGCUAAAAUUAAAAAAUUGAUUUGGUUACCAAAAACUAAAAUUAAAAAUAAAAUUCUGAAAGGGAGAAUACUUGAUAAAGUUAAAGAUUUUAAAUAUCAUCAACACCAAUAUUUACAGGAAGAUUCAAUUGAAGAAGAAAAUGAAUUUGAUAUUGAAAGUAUCAAAAAAUCGGGAUAUUGGAUUAAAGGUAAAUGGGAAGACAUAUACACUUUUUACAGAUAUAAAAAAUUAGGUUUAUUAUUUUUCAAUAUUAAUGAAAUGAAAUCUCAAAAACCUUUUUGUGAAAGUAGACCUGAAUAUCUACAAUCGAAUCAAUUUUCACCUGAAAUUCAUAAUGUUCAUGAUAUAGAUUCAGAUGAAGUUCAUGUUUGGUAUUUCGAAAAUGCAGAUCAUUUGACAACAUCAUCAUUAUGGAAAGAAAUGGAAAGUCAUGAUAAACAUAAAUUUAAAAAUUUCAAUCAAACUAUAAUUCAUUUCAAUGAAACUAAUCAAACUUUAGUUUUAACUGCUUUACAGCCUGCAACAUUUUAUGAACUUGAAUUAGAAUUAAUUGGUUUAUUACCUUACGAAGAUUCACAGUUGAAUGAGGUUAUACAAAUGAAUAAUACGGAAGGUAUUCGAAUAAUGGGACAAGAUUUGAAAAAAAAUAUUGCAUCAAUUUCGGCUCCAGUUAGUUCAAGUCUAGUUAUGGCUUAUUUAUUAAUUCAACAUGGAAUAAACGAUUUUACAAUUGAUUUUAUGAAGCCUACUGGUGAUAAUCAAACUGCUAGUAUAGAAUACCUGGAUUUACCAGAUGAUAUAGAGGUUGAACAUCAAUCCAAAAAACUAUUGCUUUUAUUGAAAUUAAUAUUACUUCCUAUAAAAAUUUUAAAAAAAAUUUUGAUGCUUAUUAAAUUACUUAUUUGUCUUCCAUUUAUUAUCAUAAAAAAGAUUCUACUACUACCAUUGAUUAUUAUAAAAAAGAUUUUAAUGUUAAUUAAAAAGAAAAUAUUAAUGAUUAUAAAAUAUAAAAUAGUUGAAGUUGUUUUAAAAGUUAAAGAUGUAGCAUAUGGAAUAGUUGAAACUGUAAUUGAAGUUACAGCAGUAGUAAUAUUACUGGUUAAAAAAGUUGUUUAUAUAACAGUUGAAGAAAUUGAAUCAGGAAUUAUAAAAACUAAAAUAACAGCAGUCGAGGCAACUGAAUUUGUUUUAGAUACAACAAAAGAUACUAUUAUAAAAGUUUAUGAAGAAAAAGAUAAAUUAAAUAAAUAUGCAAGCAAAAAAGUUAAAAACGCUAAAUUUAAAUCAGAGAAGGUUAAGAAUAAAGUUUUAGAGAAAAAUUUUGGGUCUGAUUUUAAAAAGAAGUUUGGAGUUAAGAGUCCAUAUGGAUUGGUGGAUUAA